UUUACAAUUUUAAUAAUGCUGGAAGUCCUGAAUGCUGAGCGCCAAGGUUUGCGAGCUUUUCACAAAAUUGGGGGCUNCUGUGCAACCCGUAUUUUGCAGAUAGCAGAGAGGGCACAUAAAGCUGGUCAACGGCAAGUUAGAAAACUCAGAAAGGAUCCGCCAUUAUGUUUCAUAUUUAUGAAUAGAGCAUAUCAUAAAUAUGGACUCAAACACAUCGUUUUAAUACUGGUAUUUCUUUUCUACACAAUUGUUGGAGCAUUUAUCUUUCUUGUCGUCGAAGGACCAUAUCAAAAUGGUCUGAAGGACAUCAAAUUUCAGCGUAUCGCUCAUAAUCGAUCUCGACGGGUUAUGCACUUAAUGGCACGUGUAUUUAAUAAUUCAGAGUAUUUGGUUUACAUCAAAGGCAACACAACAUUGCGAUUGCAGAAGCUCUUCAACGAUGAAUUGGCCUCAUAUGAACGACAGCUGGGAAUCCGAUGGAGUGAACAACGGAUGGAAUGGGAUUUCUGGACUGCGUUGUUGUUUGCUGGCACCAUAUGCACAACUAUAGGAUAUGGACAUAUCUAUCCAAUUACGAACGCCGGAAAGGUUAUCACUAUGGUAUUCGCUCUCUUUGGCAUACCAUUGGUGUUGCUGGUACUUCAAGAUAUUGGUAAACUCCUCACAAUAACGAUGAAGUUUCCAUGGUUCCAAACGAAACGAGUCGCUAGGCGUAUUUUGAGAUGUUGCACAAAGCAGUCGCUACAAGAAAUGAGAGAAAUUGAGGCUGCUGAGCGCCGAGAUCUGGACAUCUUCGACCUACCGGUUCUUGUCGGCCUUUCUCUGAUCGUCGGAUGGGUCCUGCUUUGCUCGAUGGUGAUGUCCGUCUGGGAUCAGAACUGGACGUGGUUGGAGUCAUUUUACUUCUUUUUCAUAUCCUUAAGUACGGUAGGACUUGGUGACCUUGUGCCUUCAUCACCACGUCUCCUUAUAAUCAUGUUUGGUUUCAUUCUCGUCGGUCUUUCAUUGGUAUCUAUGGUCAUCAAUCUACUCCAAACAAAAGUAAGGAAAUCUAAACAGUGCUGCGUGGAUGAUCCAAUGUCUGAGAGCUUAACGCGAUCGACACAAACGAAUCUAAGUCUACCGGGCGUGCGACAGGUUGUGCUCCGCUCUGAUGGAGUACAUUGGAUCACUGACGAAGCGCCCGUCAAGAGCCCAGACGAGGUAACACGAUUGGUCGAGCACGAAGGAGGACUGCGGGUCUGUGAACAAAUAGGAGACAAUAAUAGUGAUGACGAUAGCGACAGCACGGCAGAAGAAAUGGACGUAUUGCUUGAAAAGGAGGAGAGCGAUAUCUAA